AUGGCGAUGGCAGGGCUGGCGAUGGCAGGGCUGGCGAUGGCAGGGCUGGCGAUGGCAGGGCUGGCGAUGGCGGGGCUGAGGAGAGAUGCUGGUACCGGUGCUCUUGAUGUGCAAUCGUUUCUGUCGUUUCCGGUCAUGCCCAAGUCCAUGCCCGCUCUUGACCUGCGGUCGAGCUUCUCAUCGCUGCCGUCGCCGCGGUCGACCAUUGCUGGCGAGCGCAUGCCGUUGCUCAUGCACUAUGGAAUGGAAAGUGCUGGUUUAGAUGGCGGCUUGGCUGGUGCUGACGCUGAUGAUCAUGGCGAUGAUGAUGACGAUGAUGAUGACGACGCCCGUCUGCAGUGGUGGCUCAGCAUACCGGAUAGGAUUCUGGCGUCGACAGGCUUCCGUUGGGCCAUUAUUAUGGGCACCAUCUACGUUAUCUUUGUGGACAACAUCGAGGUGCUGGCCGAGCUGCCGGAUCCGCGAGAUGCCAAUCUUCCGUUCUUCCUUCUCCUGCUCAAGCUUGUUGUUUUUGUCAUGUUUGUGGUAGAGAUGGCGGUGACGGCGAUUGUGCGCGGGCGCGAGUACCUCACCUCGUUCUUUUUCAUCCUCGAUGCAGUGACUCUACUCUCGUUUGCGCCCGACUUUGCGGCGCUGUUUGGCGUCGACUUGCUCUCGUCGGCGUCGUUCAAGCUGGCCAAGGCUGGGCGGGAGGCGCGGGUGUCUGCGCGGGCAGCACGGCUGCUCACACUGGUUCGUAUCGAGAAGAUCGUCAAGCAGCAGCCACACCCAGUGGACGCGCUCGACGAAGCGGUGCCGGGCGCUGGUGACGAGGCUGUCGGGAUGAACACCUCGUUCUUUGCGCUGCCGACCAAGCAGGCCGCAACGUCGCCGAGCAAACCAGGCCCGCCGUCGUUCCGGUUUGGCGAGGUCAUCAUCCAAUCGACGACCAACAAGGUGACUGCGCUUGUGCUCCUCCUCUUUAUUGCGGCGACUCUCCUCCAAUGGCCGCUCGAGUGGCAGCCGCAUGCACAGGCCGGGCUCAAUGCGGUUGAGGGCGCGUGGCAGCUGGAUCCGCAGCAUGCGCUCCAAUCUGUCAUCCCGCUCUACCUGCAGCCGUACUCGUCGUCGGUGCGCGCGGUGCAGCUGGUGGUGAACAACACGGUGGUGCUCGGCGGCGACUUUGACAUGCGGCUGGUGCGGAACACGUUCAUUGAGACGGUUACGACCGACACGUCUGUGGCGCGGUUCAACGUCUCGCACACGCUGCGGAUCCAAGCUGCGCUGAACGUGGUGCUCAUGCUGUUUGUGCUGGUCAUUCUUGCUGUCGGCAAUGCAGUCAUUUGCUGGGAUGCGUAUCACCUUGUAGAGCUUGGGGACAAGCUGAUCAAGACGAUGGAGCUGCUGACGGACCAUGUGACCGGAGCGGCAGCCUUUGCGCCCGCGCUUGUUCGUGGAGUGGCGCCGGGUGCGCUGCUUGCACCGCAGCCAGGCGCUGGCGGGGUCGGCGGCGGAAGUGGCAGAUUGGGCCUCACAGCGUUGUACUCGUCGCUGGACGCCAGGCCACCGCGGCAGCGCGCGCGGUCGUUUACCGAAGUCUUUAGCACGCUUGACUUGGAGCUGCGAUCCGACGGCGACGAGUACUCGUACGACGACGAUGUUGGUGACGGCGGCCACGACUCGGACUUUAGCUCGAUGGUCAUUGUUGGCCAGCAUGCGUCAAUGCCUGCGGUGGUGGCGAUGGAGGCCGGGAGGCGCGGAGGCCGGCCGCGGCGGCGGCGGCGGCGCAAGCCGCGGACCAAGGCCGGCCUCUUCCAAGUCCUCAACUCGAUGCAGGUUGCCGCCGCCGACGUGGCCAAGCACAACAGGCUUGUUGCCCACCAACUGGCAGUCAUGGCGGCGGAGAAUCUGCGACUGCAUCUGGAGAAGCGGCAGCUGGUGGCACUCCUCCACGAGGCACACGUCAUGGCGGCGCCUGAGCUGGCUGGCACUGCCGCCGGGCAAAUGGCGGCAUUAGUUGGCGUCCUCGGCGCCGACGGGUGCGAGCACUCGCCGUGGACGGCGCCGGGACUGUGUCCGGUCGCGGCUGAGGUGACCACAGAGAGCUCCGGCCCGCCGUCGACCGACAGCAGGGGCACCGUUUCCCGGCUGCUGUCCCGGCGGCACGUGGUGUCGGGCAACAUCCGCGGGCUAGUCUACCACGCGCUGUCGUCGCCGGACGACAGCUUUGUCGAUGCCUUCCUGGUCUCGUACCGGCGGUUCCUCUCGCCGACGCAGCUGAUGGAGGCGGCAAUGGUCCGGCUCUGUCGGCUGGCGGAAGCGCACGGGGCGGAUGAUCCGUUUGCGUCGCUUGCUGCACCAUCUGCGGCAAGCUGGGGCCUUGCGCGUGUUGUCUACGUUCUCAAGCGAUGGCUCGCGCUCUCGCACGUCGACUUUGGCACCGAUCCGGAACCGGCAGAGCUGCUGCGGACGCUGUGUGGAGUCUUGCUUCCGCGGAUGGGGAUGGUCGCCGAGGCCGAAUAUCUUUUGGAGCUGCUGGAGGCGAACAACCGCGGCGACUGCAUGCACCCGAUUCUUGUGUUUGGCGAGGCCGGGCCGCCGCCUGUGGCGGUGGUCGAUCCGCCGCGGCCUCGUGUGGCGAGCGGGCCGCCGUCAUUGGCGUCGGCAAAUCCGAUCGAGGUGGCGCGGCAGAUGUGCCUCUACGAGUCGCAGCUGUUCCGGCGGAUCCGGCCGGAGGAGUUUUUCGACAAGGCGUGGAAGCAUGCGCAGGCCCACGCGCUCGCGCCCAACAUCCUUGCCUUUAUCAAUCACUUUGACGCCAUGGUCCGUCGGUUCCAGGUGGCGGUGCUCGAGGAGCCGACGCCUGAGGCGCGUGCCUGCGUGCUCGAGGCAUACAUUCGGGUGGCCCACGCUCUGGGGGAGUUGGCCAACGCCAACGGGCUGAUGGAGGUCGUCUCUGCGCUAGUCUCGACACCGAUCAAGCGGCUGCACGCGUCGUGGGCGCUCGUUCCGGACGAGUUGCGGGCGGUACUCGACCAGCUGCGGACACUGCUGUUUGAUCCGGCGCGCGGUGCCGGUCCGCGGUCGUUUGAGCCCGACGCCGCGCUUCUCGACCCGCUUCCGACCUUUAUCCCGUACCUUGGCCAGUACCUGCAGGAUCUGUUCAAGAUGGACGAGGCGAACCCAGACAUCGACGCGGAGACUGGGCUUAUCAACAUGCGUAAGGGCGCAUACGUCGCCGAGCACGUGGUCCACAAGAUUGUCCGCUGGCAGACUGCGCUCACCUACGACUUUGUUCCCUACCCUGACCUCCUCAACCUCCUCCGGGCGAGCACCACCGACGCCGAACUCGCUUACCCCGACGAUGACGCUCUCUACGACCGGUCACUCCUCAUCGAGCCUCGUGCGUAG